AUGUUCAAGACCCAUCCCUGCCCACAGAGCUUGGCCCUGUUUCAGGAGCACGACCACAGACGACAAACCUGUUCCCUGUUUGCAAAGCCUCUGUGCCAGGGUCUGUCCUGCUUUGCUGCCAUUUGUGACUUGAGAGCCCCCCGAAUGAAAGGCCUGUUCUAUGAUGACAGCGCUUUGGAGAGCUGCAGGAUGGACGUCAACAAGGGCCUCCCAGCCACUGAGAGCCGCAGGGACCUCCAUGUAUGGAUCAUCGAGAACCUGAGGAUGGCACCAGUACCCGAGAAGGCUUAUGGGAACUUUUUCGAGGAGCACUGCUACAUCGUCCUCCAUGUUUCCCAGAGCCUCAAGGCCACGCAGGGGGCGUGCAGCGACCUGCACUACUGGGCGGGGAAGGAGGCGGGCGCCGAGGCGCAGGACGCGGCCGAAGCCUUCGUGCAGCAGCUGCAGGAGACGCUGGGUGGCGCCACCGUGCAGCACCGGGAGGCGCAGGGCCACGAGUCCGACUGUUUCCGCAGCUACUUCCGCUCGGGAAUCAUCUACAGGAGAGGGGGCCUGGCCUCUGCCCUCACGCACGUGGAGACCAACCUGUACAACAUCCAGCGACUGCUGCACGUCCAGGGGAGGAAGCACGUGUCGGCCGCCGAGGUGGAGCUCUCUUGGAGCAGCUUUAAUAAGGGGGACAUCUUCCUGCUGGACCUGGGCAAGGUGAUGAUCCAGUGGAAUGGGCCUGAGACCAGCAUUCCUGAGAAGGCACGGGGCCUGGCCCUGACCUGCAGCCUCCGGGACAGGGAGCGCGGUGGUCGCGCACAGAUUGGCGUGGUGGAUGAUGAAGUUGAAGCCACUGACCUCAUGCGGAUCAUGGAAGCCGUGCUGGGCUGCAGAGUGGGCAACGUGCCUGCCACCAGGCCCGACAAGAGUGUUAACCAGCUGCAGAAAGCCAGCGUCCGUCUCUACCAUGUCUGUGAAAAGGAUGAGGACUUGGUGAUCCAGGAGUUGGCGACCUGCCCACUAACCCAAGACCUACUGCGGGAAGAGGACUACUAUAUCCUGGACCAGGGUGGUUUCAAGAUCUACGUGUGGCAGGGACGCCUGUCCAGCCUCCAAGAGAAAAAGGCUGCCUUCAGCCGGGCUCUGCGCUUCAUCCAGGCCAAAGGCUACCCGACCUACACCAACGUGGAGGUGGUGAACGACGGCGCCGAGUCGGCCUCGUUUAAACAGCUCUUCCAGUCUUGGUCAACCAAGCAGCGCGGGAACAAGAACUUCGGCAGGCUAAGUAAAUCGAUUCAGGUAAGGCCGGAUGUGGGCAAGCUGCAGAGUCAGCCUGAGCUAGCUGCCCAGCUCAGGAUGGUGGACGACGCUUCCGGGAAGGUGGAGGUGUGGUGCAUCCAGGACUUAGGCAGACAGCCCGUGGACCCCGAGCGUCAUGCACAGCUGUGUGCAGGCAACUGCUACCUCGUCCUCUACACCUACCAGAGGAUGGGCCACGUCCAGUAUAUCCUGUACCUGUGGCGGGGCCACCGCGCCACCACGCGUGAUGUCAAGGCCCUGAACUGCAAUGCCGAGGAGCUGGACCUCAUGUACCGGGGAGCCCUGGUGCAGGAGCACGUGACCAUGGGCAGCGAGCCCCCUCACUUCCUCGCCAUCUUCCAGGGCCAGCUGGUGGUCUUCCAGGGGCACACGGGACGCGAUGGGAAGGAGCAGCCAGCACCUGCUACAAGGCUCUUCCACGUGCAAGGCACCGACAGCUGCAACACCAGGACCGUGGAGGUACCGGCCCGCGCCUCAGCCCUCAACUCCCAUGACAUCUUCUUGCUGGUCACAGCUAGCGUCUGCUACCUCUGGUUUGGAAAGGGCUGCAGCGGUGACCAGCGAGAGAUGGCGCGGACGGCGGUCACUGCCGUCUCUGGGGAGAACAAGGAAACGGUGCUGGAGGGUCAGGAGCCUCCCGGCUUCUGGGAGGCCCUGGGAGGCCCGGCUCCCUAUCCCGGCAACAAGAGGAGUUCGCGGAAGCGCAGCCUACCCUUCACUCCCCGGGAUCAGGAAGAUGAUGCCCGGGAGAGCUUGCUAGUGGCGCCCUCUGCUGGCCGAACAGGCUCCCUGCAUUGUCCCAGUCCCGGACCUGACCAGGUCACUAUGUUUCUGGGAGGCUACGUGCGGCAGCGGUUUAGGGCUACCUGCGUCUUCCAGGAGCGCAUCUUCCUGUGGCUCGGGGAAGCUGCCAGCAAGUGGAAGGAGGAGGCGGUGGACUGGGGCCAGGAGUACCUGAAGACCCACCCGGCAGGGAGGAGCCCCACCACGCCUAUCGUGGUGAUCAAGCAGGGCCAUGAGCCCCCCACCUUCACUGGAUGGUUCCUCGCUUGGGACCCCUACAAGUGGACUAACGACCAGUCCUACAAGGAGGUGGUGGAUGGAAGCCUGGGAGCAAUGCCAGCCAUAUGUGAGAUAACAGCCGAACUCAACGACUUCCAGCUGUCUAGAGGGCCAAGCAAUGGCGGGGCAGACCCUUUGACCCUGCAGACCCUCAAGGGCUCCCAGGACGGCUCAGGGAAUGAGCUGCAGCCAGGACCCAAGGCAGGUGACGCCAGCACCAACAGCCACCACAGCAGCCCCAGACCCACCAUCAAUGGGAGCCUGCCCCGCGAACGGCUAAUGCAUCAGGCUGUUGAGGACCUGCCAGAGGGUGUGGACCCGGCCCGCAAGGAGUUCUAUCUCUCAGACUCUGACUUCCAAGAGAUCUUUGGGAAGUCCAAGGAAGAAUUCUAUAGCAUGGCCAAGUGGAGGCAGCAGCAGGAGAAGAAGCAGCUUGGCUUCUUCUGA